AUGUGGAUCUACAAUCAAAGCUCGCUACAUGAUUUUAUCCUAUUGGGAUUUUCUGACCAUCCCUGGCUAGAGACACCCUUCUUUGUAAUCUUUCUGGUGGCCUACAUCUUUUCCCUAUUUGGAAACAUCUCCAUUAUCCUAGUUUCCUGCCUGGAUCCCCAGCUUGACAGUCCCAUGUACUUAUUUGUCUCCAAUCUAUCCUUUCUGGACCUCUGCUAUACCACCAGCACUGUCCCACAGAUGCUGGUCAACCUCCGGGGAGCAGAAAAGAUCAUUAGCUAUGGGGGUUGUGUUGCCCAACACUAUAUAUUUUUGGUCCUGGGUUCUACUGAAUCCAUACUUCUAGCCAUCAUGGCCUUUGACCGUUACGCUGCCAUUUGCAAGCCCCUUCACUACCCAGUCAUCAUGAACCAGACACGCUGUAUCCACAUGGCUGCUGCCACUUGGAGCAGUGGUUUUGCUAACUCCGUUGUCCAGUCCACUCUCACAGUGGUGGCCCCAAGAUGUGGACAGAGGGUGUUGGACCAUUUCUUCUGUGAAGUUCCAGCCCUUUUGAAACUAGCCUGUAUUGAUACUGGUGUGAAUGAAACUGAGCUCAAUGUACUAGGCGCUUUGCUUCUCCUGGUGCCACUCACCCUCAUCCUGGGCACUUAUGUGUUCAUUGCUCAGGCAGUAAUGAGAAUCCGCUCUGCUGAAAGUCGCUGGAAGGCUUUCAAUACCUGUGCCUCACAUUUGCUGGUGGUCUCCCUCUUCUACUUCACGGCCAUCAGUAUGUAUGUACAGCCUCCCUCUAGCUAUUCUCGUGACCGGGGAAAGGUCAUGGCUCUCUUCUAUGGCAUUGUCACACCCACCCUCAACCCAUUCGUCUACACAUUGAGAAACAAGGAUGUGAAAGCUGCCCUGAGAAGAUCACUGACUAAAGAGUUUUGGAUUAAGACAAGAUGA